CAGAACGUUUUUCAGGAUUAAAAACUCCUAUGAACAAACGGAGCAACGUUUCUUUCUCUGUGCACCGUCAACGUCAUAUAACAAUGGAUAAAGACGAACAAAAACCUAGAAUAGGUUUCCCAACCAUUCCGCUAUGCACCCAUUCAAUCCCUAAGUAUAAGAUCCCAGUCGCUUUCCAGUCCCCCACGGUUUCUUUGCGUCUUCAAUCAAUAACAAGAGGAGGUAUAGGGGUAUAUAUUAAUAACAUUACUCAUACUGAGAAAUACGCACGCCUUUAACUGUGUACAUAGAAACUCUUCAUACUGUCCAGCAAUCAGUCUAUUGAUAUAGUGGAAACGAGCGACAUUGUGGAAGGAUUCAUUAUGAUCUCCUUCUGGUCCUUGUCUGCCUUAAUUUUGAUGUCUCAGCGAAUAAUUGUUUUGGCUGGUGAAACACAUGUAAAGAAAGGACUCUUUGGAGUAGAGCAAGGUAAAGUAUUACAAGGUCACGUGUUUGAAAAACAUCACGUGACAUCCAGCAUGCAAUGCAGCUUUCUGUGUACCAAACAUCAGUCGUGCUUUUCUUACAACUACAAAGAUGCUGGUAGCUUGGAUUUGUGUGAGCUGAACAACGCUACCAGGAAGACAGAUCCUGGUUCUUAUCAAGAUGAUGCAGAAUACAAGCACUAUUACGAUCUGCAAACAGAGACUUCAAGAUCGUGUGUGGAUUACCUUCGAAACGGAGCAACAGAAAAUGGUAUCUACACUAUCACAGACGUCAGUGGGGAUUCCUAUCCAGUCUGGUGUGACCUCACUUCUGAACCGCGUUCUGCAUGGACUCUAAUCUUAUCAUUGGCCCUUAAAAACAGACACACAAGCAUAGCCUGCAGACGAUCUCUGAGUGUCAAUUUACCCGCUAAUGAAAACUCGCCAAACUGGGAAGCCUAUCGACUAUCAAUGAAUCGAAUGAAGCUGCUCGSCAGCCAGUCAACGCACUGGAGAGCAACGACAGGAUUCAACAUCUAUGGUAUUGAUUACACCGACUAUAUUCGUGGAAAACUGUCAGACUUUGAUAUCCUGAAAGACAUAGGUGAUGGAACAUGCAAGACAGUUGAAUAUGUCAACAUUCGAGGUCACAAGGCAACAGCAAUUCAGGUUCCUUUUUGGCAAAGAGAUGGAACUUUCUUCCUUCAUAUUGACUCCAGUUACACGACAUGUACCUUUAAAGCGAAUGUUGGGUCUGUUAGUAGCGAGAAUGAUUUCGGUUUUUAUUGCGAGAGUGAUGCUUCCAUCAAUCACAACUUCAGAGGAUCGAAAGACGAAGACAGCACGUCAGAGUGGUGGCUCGGAGGACACUUGUAGGCGAGACGGUCGCCAUAACAGCAUACGCAACUAAAAACUGCCUGAAAACUUUAACAUUCACGAUCUCUAGCUUGUAUCAUAUAGAACAUUUAGAUGGCGGCUAUGACGUCACAUGCACAAAGCCAAAAAACAUUGCCGCCGUUGGUUGAUAUAACAAAAGGAACCAACACCCAUAGUCAACUAUCAUGGCGGCUAUGACGUCACAAAGUUUUA